AUGUCGAAUCAGGCGAACGUUUCCCAGAACCAGUGGUCCCCAUCAUCAUGGCGAUUGAAGCCCAUCAAACAAGAGGUGGUUUACGAAGACAGCAAGGCAGUUGAGGCUGCUAUUUCGAAGCUCCAGACCCUCCCUCCAUUGGUGACACCGACGGAAAUCGUCCGACUAAAGUCGAGCCUUCGAGAUGUUGCGCUCGGCAAAGCCUUCCUUCUUCAAGGUGGCGAUUGUGCCGAACUCUUUUCUUACUGCGAGGAGGGUGCGAUUGACUCGAAAAUCAAGCUCAUCCUCCAGAUGAGCUUGGUCUUAAUUUGGGGAGCAAACAAACCUGUGGUUCGAAUAGCUCGAAUGGCUGGGCAGUAUGCGAAGCCAAGGUCGAGCCCCGUCGAAAAGGUGGAUGGAAAGGAAAUCCCGUCGUUCAGAGGAGAUAUCUUGAAUGGAUAUUCACCCGAAGACAGGAGAAUUGACCCGGAGCGACUUGUCAGCGCCUACCACCAUUCCGCCGCUACGUUGAAUUACACGCGAGCACAGCUAGGAUCCGGUAUGGCAGACCUACACAACUCGCUGGACUGGGAACUUGGCCAUGUGAAAGACAAGGAAUUACAAGCGAAGUACCAGCGGAUCGUCUCAAGCAUCACCGACUCCUUGCGAUUCAUGCGAACUGUUGGUGCCGACACCGCCGGCCAGUUGCAGACGGUUGACCUAUUCACCAGCCAUGAGGCCCUAGUCUUGGAGUACGAGCAGAGUUUGACAAGAAGCUUACGGCAUCCCUCGCGAUCGGCUACGGCCUCCGGGGACUCUACAAACUCCAACGAUAAGGGCUGGUACGAUACUUCUGCCCAUUUUGUGUGGAUUGGUGAUCGCACGAGACAGUUGGAUGGCGCCCAUGUCGAGUUCUUUAGGGGAAUCGAAAACCCGAUCGGUAUCAAAGUGGGACCAACAAUGGAAGCGGAAGAGCUAGUGAACCUUUUGGAUAUUGUGAAUCCCCGGAAAGAAAUCGGAAAAGUAACCUUGAUCACAAGAUACGGCCAAGAUAAGGUAGAGAAGAUGCUCGGACAACAUAUCGUGGCGGUAAAGGCUACGGAUCAUGUCGUGGUCUGGCAAUGUGAUCCAAUGCACGGAAACACCCGAACAACGAAUACCGGAAUUAAGACACGUCAUUUCAGCAGCAUCCUUUCCGAAGUAUCAUCUGCCCUACGGAUUCAUCGAGAGCAUGGCUCGUUCCUGGGCGGCGUCCAUUUGGAAUUGACGGGCGAUGCCGUGACCGAGUGUGUCGGAGGCAGCGAGGGAUUGGCCGAAGCAGAUUUAAGCCUGAACUAUACCACGUUCUGCGAUCCCCGGCUUAAUGAGAAACAGGCAUUGGAGCUUGCGUUUCUCGUUGCAGGGCAUUAUCGAGGAGAAUCGUCA